AUGUUUCUCAUAGAAAGUCUAUGUACUCAUUUCAAAAAUUCCUCGUACAUCUUUACAAAAUCGGGAGAAAAUUGGUGGAAGAGCCGUGAGGUCUGCUACAUUCAUAGAGGAGACCUUGUUUCCAUAGAAACCGAUGAAGAAUGGAAAUUUAUCAAGGAUGAGAUUCAAAAGCGUAAUAGUUGGAAUACUACUACGUGGCAUAUUGGUUUAUUCAAGUCUUACAGAGAUGGGACUUGGACAUGGCUAAGUCGAGAACCACUGAAUAUUUUGAAAUGGCGAGAUUCUGAGCCAAACGGUAACGACUACCUGAAAGCGGAAAUAUCCAAGAAUGAAGGCCUCUUUAACGGUAUCACUGGAGAUGAUGAAAAUGCCUUCAUCUGUGAAUUUCCUGAGGAAUGCCCCAGUGUAUCUUUUAAAAACUCUUGGUACACAUUUUCGGCGAGGAUAAUGCCCAAAAUCAGGGGCUGGGGCUGGUACAGAGCCGCUUGCCAAAGCCUAGGAGGAGACCUAGUUUCCAUCGAAACCGAAGAAGAGUGGAAUUUCAUCGCUGACGAAAUACAAAGGCGAAAUGCUAGCAUCCCUAAACGUGGGUGGAGCAUUGGAUUAAUGAAAAAGGCUGGGAAUUGGACCUGGGUGAGUGGAACACCGCUGACCAUUAGCAAGUGGGGAGAAGGGCAGCCAAGUGGUGACGGCAAUGUGACUCACAUAUACAAGCGGUCUAGUAAUGGCGAACGAGUUGUAAUUGGUGAUUGCAGUGAAGAUUUGUACAGCGAUUAUAUUUGUGAAAUUCCCAGGGGUAAGACAAACUUACCAUUUUGA